UAUAAAUAACCUUCUCACUGUGCAGGUAACUGUAGAAUCAGUGUGUAUUCUCAGCAGACGUUCGUUUAAUAUUAUAUUAUAAACAUGGACGUGUUCUUUGGAAGCUGGAAAUUUGAUAAAAGUGAAAAUUUUGAUGAUUACAUGAAAGCAAUUGGUGUUAAUGAUGAACUGAUAAGCGUCGCAAAUGUAGUGAAACCCGUCAUCACCAUUUCCCAAGAGGAGGAGAGCGUGGUGAUUACCACACAAACCGUCAUCAGCAAGAAAGAAAUCAGGUUCCAACUCGGUGAAGAGUUUGAAGAGAAGAGCAUAGAUGGCAGGUCUUGCAAAAGUGUUAUAAACCUGGAAGGAGAAAAACUCGUCCAGGUGCAGAAGGAUGAGAGUAGAGAGAUCACGAUUGUCCGAGAGAUCCAGGAUGGGAAACUGAUCAUGACUCUGACAUGCGAUGAAGUCACAGCAGUAGUUACAUAUGAGAAGGUGUAAAUGUUGGAGAAACCUCCAGCUCUUUCACUGCUUCUUCAUCACUGACCUGCUGCGGGGAAACGUCCUUCAAAAAGACAAGCAAGAAGAAGAAGAACUGUGAACAGAUGCAUGAAUCCUGAAUGUUAUAAACCAGAUUCAAUAAAGAAUUUAGGAAAAUAUCCCACGUUUAU